AACGCGCGUUGGAGGUUGAGUCUAGUCGAGUUAAGCUCGUGUAAACGACUAAAGAUACGGGUGUAACGCACCUGCUAUCAAUGCGAGCGGUAGUUAAAUGUAAAACUUAUCAAACCGACUCAGACACUCAUCAUCGAGCGCUAUCAUAUUUAGUUAGCGUAUAAAAACGACAUCAAAUACACGUGAAUUUAGCUAAAAUGUAUCCAGUGCGAGUGUUAAGGCGUUUUAACUGUUAUGUUAUAUCGCUAUUGUGCCUCGUUUGUGUGACUAUAGUCAUUUUACAUACGGAUGUCGCGUCAGAUUUGUAUUUCUUACAUUGGGAAUCGUUGGAGGACAAUUCGUGUCACUAUCAAGAUUCGAACGAUGAUCUUCCAGUGAUAAGUUCGAGCGUAGAGAUGCCUGAAAAGUCGAUUUUCUUCCACGAGACCUCGUGCAAGUCCGGACUGGAUUCACGGCAGGCUUGCGCCGUGGAAGCAGCGGCCAGAGCUCAUCCAAAAUGGCAGGUCAACGUUUUAAUUUCGGCGCCGAUUAAAGGAUACCAAAGAGGAGGCAGUUUGUCGGUACUUCGAAAAUUUCGUAACGUAAAAUUGUGGCGAUUGAAGAUAUGGGAAUACGCUAAAGGAACGCCGCUACAGGAUAUGGUGUUUAACGGUGCUUUGAACAGGACGCGCUGGAGAAUAUCGCACGCGUCAGAUUUACUCCGUUACCUGAGCUUGUAUAAGUACGGUGGGGUGUAUUUAGACUUGGAUACAGUGGUGGCGAAGACUCUGGACCCCCUACCGAAGAACUGGUCAGCGAGGGAGAGCGAUGAGAUCGUAGCUUCUGGGAUCAUGUCUUUCUCGAGGGACCAUGUCGGUAGAAUGGUCGCCAAUGCUACCAUCAAGUAAGUUAUUAGUUCGUCUUUGAAUAAAAGUUAUAGUAAAUCUAUACUAAUAUAUAAAUCUACAGUGGUUUUUACGGAUGUUCCGUUAUAACUACUGAACCAUGCAUCCGAUUGACUUGAAACUUGGUAUCCGUGUAAAAAAAUACAUAUACUUAAUGGAUAGUCUAAUAUUUAUAUGAGUGUUGGACUCCCUAAUAAUAGUAACAAUAAAUAAUAAUGUUAAUUUUAAAUGCCCAGCGAAGCGGGCGAGUACGGCCAGUUAUUUAUAAAAUCAAAUCAUUUGUAAGAUUGUUUGUUUUUUAGAACUUGUGUGGUGCUCAAUUACUGUCAGUGAUUAAGUUUUUUUUUUAUACAACGUUCUUCAAAUUGCUUCAAUUAAAAGCUAAUUUGAAUACGAAAAAAAAACAAAACAGAAAACAAUUUAUAAUUAAUAUAAUACUUUAAUUUGAACA